GAAACUGGAUUUGUCAGCUGGAAGUAUGGAACUUGUUGACAAUUGCCCACAUGGUUGCUCUAGGCCAGUUCCAAAUGGAUAUGGAAACAAGGUUUUUCAAGCAAGUCCCAAAGAAAUAUGCACUGAUGUUAAGUAUUCUAAUUCUGCGGGCUUCAAUGGGGAUGGAAAGGAGGAUGCAGCUAAGCAGAAGAAGAAAGCCAGGGGCAGUCGGAUAUGGAAUUUUGUUAGCCGCAGAAAAGGGUCCGCCAUGAAUACCAAAAGGCCCCAGUCCAUGAUCCUCUUUGGUGAUAAUAUGGAGAUCUUGGAACAGAAUCGAAAGAUGUCCUUCAUGGAAAGGGUGAGGUCUUUUAAGAAGCUGAGAUCGUCUGGCAUGUCCAAGAACGCUUCCAAAACCAAGGCUGUCAUUAUUUCUGUGGAAACUCUGGAAGAUCUUGAGCAAAAAUCACUCCAUAGGAUUAAGAAGCUCAGUGACUGUCAACGGCCGUACCGACACUCCUAUGCUGGCUACAUCGAGGAUUUGGAUUCUUCUUUCGACGAUGUUGAGUUAAAUAGCUGCGUGAUAGAUCUCGACACCAGCGAGAGUCAGUGGCACAGGAAUGUAGGCGUUGGAAUGAACAGGGAUGACACUGAUCACGACUGUCCCAAAAUUUCCACUCAGAGGAGUGUGGCUCCCGAAUUUGAAAGUGCUCAGGAAUCUGGGGUUUCACAAGAGGACCCUCCAAGAAGGUCUCAGGUGGUUACUCAUGAGAAUAAAAAAAGAAGUUCUGAAGUCUGGAGUUAUCUGAAAGGGAUUUCAUUGACCAACAAGGAUUGUUCAAAACUGCCUGACCAAAGUGUGGAGUCCAAUUUUGAGGAGUUAGAAAAUACAACUGAGAAUCCCCCCUCUUAUUUUGAUUGUGAUACGAAAUGCGAGGAGAGCACUGGCCAGCCGAAAAGAGCGAGCCGUGCGACUAAGGGAAGCCACUUUGGUGGGGUUCUAAGGUUCUUCAACAGUGUUGCCGAGGUGGCUAGGAAAUGGCGGGGGCCUUCAAAAUCGUGUUCGCAGGAAGAACAAAGACCAGACUCCGACUUUGGGCGCCGGAGGCAAGAACUUCCCCUCCACCGGCAGCCCUUGAUCAUUGCCAAUGAUAAAGCCAGUGAUUUCUCUUCCACAGGAUUGUCUCCAGAUUCUGGGAUCUGGGAUCACCGUAGCUCAAAAAGCUCCUCCAGGAAAGAGCCACCCCACGGAACUAUAAAUGCUGAGAUUUCCCAUGAAGUCUUCAGCGAAGAUAGCAGUUUCAAUGAAACGUCCUUUCCACCCUCGGGCACAAGUUUGUCUGCUUUUGCCCACUCAGAAUUACCAAAUGAUUGUACCUUUCUCAGCGUGCGCAGCCUAGCAGUGGAUUUGUCACACAUUCAAGACCCAAUUCUUAAUCAAGUAGGCAAUCGGGGCUUCAGUACUGCUCCAAUAGACAGCUGGGUGUUAGGUUCUUGGGGUAAUGCUCAGUACUCUACCAAUACAUCAGCUGAUCCCCAGAAUUUGGAUAUUAGAGAUUUAAAGCCCUGCGAUUUUUCAAAGGUUAAGAUGGAUGUUACAGAUGUGGAACGUUCUUCUCUGAACAAUGAAGAGUCGUGUGAUGGUGAAUCGAAUUUGAAAGUUUGGUGUAAAACUGAGCAGGGUACACUGGGCCAAAGUAGUUCUACAGACAGUAUACAAAGUUGUGUAGCUGAAGCUCAAGAACUGGCUGGCAGUCUAGUAGAUGCCAGGACUUUCUGUAGGGUUACAGGAGAUAUGGAGUCCCCGGACAGAAUUUCCCAGGUUACCUCAGACUUUGAGUUGACAUUGGCAGAUAACUUAGGCGUGGGGACUCUAUUAGCAGAGGACCAGAUCCUGGAGAACAUUCCAGGAGAUAUUCAGCACUUAGACUGUAUACACGGAGGUAGUCAAGAUCUUGCAAGGACUCAAGCAGAUUCCCUUGAUUUAGAAACUUCUCCCAUAGAACCUCAGAGCGUUAGUACUGCUCUUUCAGGCCCUCAAGGCUUGGGCAGCAUUUCAGAGGAUGCUCCCAGUGCCUGCCCCUCUGCCCCUUUCACCUGCUCAAACCAUGACCGCCAAGUGCUAGAUCAAGAGUGUUCCUCCAUCAACGUGAAUGGAAACGCUGUACCGUUGCAACCGAAUCCUGUGCGGAAGCCCCGCAAAACAGAGCAUUUGAAAUACAGAGGAGUCUGUCACCCCAUCCAGAUGAGCCUGUGUACAAUUGUCUCCUUCAAUGAAUUCAACAGUGGAAAGCCACUGUCUCACCCUCUACAUCCAUCACCAGAAUCACCGCCUUUCAAAUUCGUCUUGGACAGAUGCCAGUCCUUACCACUUUCCCAGAGUACCCCCAUGGGGUUGGAUCAGCUGGGCUGGAAAAAGAAAGUGUUGCUGAGCACAGGUGCCGAGAGUGAUCUGGGUUCAAAAACCCUGGAGGUGCAUCGAGAUGGGAAGAACGGCAGGAGUAGGUGGAAACCCCUCAAGCCUGGAGCAGAGCAGCUGCUACUCAAUAAACUGAUCAGUGGCGGUUCUAUUGUCAGCGCUGAGGCAGUAUGGGAUCACGUCACCAUGGCCAACCGGGAGUUGGCAUUUAAAGCCGGAGACGUUAUCAAAGUCCUGGAUGCCUCCAACAAGGACUGGUGGUGGGGGCAGAUUGAUGAUGAAGAAGGAUGGUUUCCUGCCAGCUUCGUAAGGCUAUGGGUCAACCAAGACGAUGGCGUGGAGGAAGGAACGAGUGAAGUGCAGAAUGGACACUUGGACCCAAACGCUGCCGACUGCCUCUGUCUCGGUAGAACCCUCCAGAACCGAGACCAGAUGAGAGCCAAUGUAAUUAAUGAAAUCAUGAGUACGGAGCGCCACUAUAUCAAACAUCUGAAGGACAUUUGUGAGGGUUACUUAAAGCAGUGUCGGAAGAGAAGAGACAUGUUCAGCGAUGAACAGUUGAAGAUCAUCUUUGGCAACAUUGAAGACAUCUACAGGUUUCAGAUGGGCUUUGUAAGGGACUUGGAGAAGCAGUACAACAACGAGGAUCCCCAUCUCAGUGAAAUUGGACCAUGUUUUCUGGAGCAUCAAGAUGGCUUCUGGAUCUAUUCCGAGUACUGUAACAAUCACCUGGAUGCAUGCAUGGAGCUCUCCAAGCUAAUGAAAGAUGGCAGGUAUCAGCACUUUUUCGAAGCGUGCCGUCUCUUGCAGCAGAUGAUUGAUAUUGCCAUUGAUGGUUUCCUUCUGACCCCUGUGCAGAAGAUCUGCAAAUACCCCUUGCAGCUGGCAGAACUGCUGAAGUACACUGCACAGGACCACAGUGAUUACAGGUACGUGGCUGCAGCACUCGCCGUUAUGAGGAAUGUGACUCAGCAGAUCAAUGAGAGGAAAAGGAGACUGGAAAACAUUGACAAGAUCGCUCAGUGGCAGGCCUCCGUUCUGGAUUGGGAGGGAGAGGACAUCUUGGAUCGCAGCUCCGAGCUGAUCUACACAGGGGAGAUGUCCUGGAUUUACCAGCCUUACGGACGAAGUCAGCAGCGCGUCUUCUUCCUCUUUGAUCACCAGAUGGUUCUUUGCAAAAAGGACCUGAUAAGGAGAGACAUCCUGUACUACAAGGGACGUAUUGACAUGGAUCGGUAUGAAGUUUUGGAUAUAGAAGACGGAAGGGACGAUGACUUCAAUGUGAGCAUGAAGAACGCCUUCAAACUUCACAAUAAGGAGACUGAAGAAAUGCACUUAUUUUUUGCCAAGAAGCUGGAGGAGAAACUGCGGUGGCUGAGAGCUUUUCGGGAGGAGCGGAAGAUGGUACAAGAAGAUGAGAAAAUAGGCUUUGAAAUUUCUGAAAAUCAAAAACGGCAGGCGGCAAUGACCGUAAGGAAAGUCAGUAAACAGAAAGGUGUCGGCUACUCUCGAUCAGUUCCUCCAGCCUACCCACCACCCCAGGACCCACUAAAUCAGGGACAAUACUUGGUGACCGAUGGCAUAGCCCAAACGCAGGUCUACGAAUUCACCGAACCCAAACGCAGCCAGUCACCAUUCUGGCAAAACUUCAGCAGAGAGCGAAAAUGAGACAUCCAUUAUUUUUAUGAGAAGAUGAUUCCUAAAUAUUCAGCACUAGGAAAAAAAAAAAAAAAGAAACCAACGUCAUCACACACCAUUCUUUGCAUCAUAAGCCAAGACUCGCUCGGUCUGACAGAUCCGCUUGUUGGACUGGCAGCUUCUUUCUUAAAAUGGAGAAACCCAAAGGGGAAGAGCAUUGUUGACUCGAGAGGAGACCUCCAGGCAGAGCAGCUGCUGGCUUUUAUUCCCGAGCACGGGAGCGCAUUUGCCCGGGCUGGUGGCAUCCAAGGACAUUCUCUUCCUUUCCCCUACGUCGUCAAGGUGCUACAAGGCAUGAAGCAUUUCUGCAAUGAAGAACCAGCAAAGGGUUCCGGUUUUACUACCUA